UCUUUAAUACUGCUUGGAAAAUUGAACUGUUCGGUCGUGUGCGUAGUCAAGAGCGUAGGAAAGACAGACAAAAAAGAACCAAGUGGAACAUUUUAAAAUUUGUUUAUUUUUUUGUGUUUUACUUCAAAAUAUUAUAAUCCAUUCAUAUAAUUUGUGUAAUUUGUAUGUACUGUGCUCUGAAGCGAUCCAUCUUCUUUGACCUUUUUAUUCAUAGUAACAUUGGUUCAACAACAACAAAAAAAAAAAGUGGACAAAAAGAAUUGGCGCAAGACUCAAAACCUGACCACCAAAAAAAAAAAUUAUUUCAACAAAACUAAAUUAAAUAUACAAAAUAAAUUCAUCAAAACUAAACAAUACGCCACAACGCAAGCAAACAAAAAACCGUUUGAAUGAAUUUUGUAUUAUUGAAAACGUAAUUUUCUUUAAAAUUCCCCCAACACCUCCCUUUUAAAGAAAAUGGAUGACGACCAGCAGUUUUGUCUGCGGUGGAACAACCACCAGAGUACACUUAUAAGUGUGUUCGAUACACUAUUGGAAAAUGAAACAUUGGUGGAUUGUACACUCGCGGCUGAAGGAAAAUUCCUUAAAGCCCACAAAGUGGUGUUAUCAGCAUGCAGUCCUUAUUUUGCUACACUUUUAUCGGAACAGUAUGAUAAGCAUCCGAUAUUUAUUCUCAAGGAUGUUAAAUAUCAAGAACUUCGAGCCAUGAUGGAUUAUAUGUAUCGUGGUGAAGUGAAUAUAUCACAAGAUCAGUUAGCUGCUUUAUUAAAAGCUGCCGAAUCUUUACAAAUCAAAGGUUUAUCAGAUAAUCGAACUGGCAGUGGGAAUAGCAGUAGUGGCCUUGGUGGUGUAAGCCAACAACAGCAACAACAAAAAAUAUCUGCCGAACAACAACAUAAGCAUAUAAGUGUACCUGGUAAAUUGAUGACUGGUAGUGCGUCUGCUGGUUACACACUGGAACAAACAAAACGUUCACGCAUUGGCCCAUCAUCAAUUGAUUCACAAGAUUUAUCUGGUUCCAGAGAAGGUUCAUCUAGUCCAACAUCGAGGAGACGGAAAAAAGUUCGACGCAGGAGCAUUGAAAAUGUCUUGGCUGAUAAUCACGAUAAUUCAAACUCCUCACAAGUCAUCCAAGGUGGUUCGUCAUCAAUAGUUCCAACAACAAAUGCUACCGGAACAAUAACCGCAAUGUUACCGAUGAUUGGAAGUGGUGUAGGUGGUACAACAACAACAAUUUCUAGUUCUGUUGCCUCAACAAUAACAGUAGCAGCCCAACAACAAUUACAACAGCAACAACAACAAGCAUCAGCAGCAACAGCAGCAGCAAAUAUUAUAACCGCAAAUGUUACCAAAAAGACUGAAAGUGUGAAAAUGGGAGGAAAUACCGAUGCCAUGAAUGCCGCCGUUACCGCCGUUGAUAAUAUCCAAGAUGAAAAUGCCGCCGAUUCAAUUGAUGAAAAAGAAAUGAUAAUGAAAGAGAAACAAAAUCAUAAACGACCAAAACAUCAACAUGAAGGUGUUGUGGCAACAUCAACUGGAAAAGAUGAAAUUGUAAUUGAACCAAAAAGUGAAUACGACGAUGAGGGCAAUGAUGAAACUGUUGAAGAUCUAACAUUAGAUGAUGAAGAAAUGGGUCUCGAAGAUUUAGAUCAUAAUGCUGGUCCCAGUCAUGGUGGUGAAGGAUCUAGUCAAGGAUAUGCACAAUGGCAAGUCGACAGAUCUCAGGAUGAAGUAUUUAUGGCCGCACAAGAAGCCCAACAACGGGAUCCACAAGUAUUUUUUCGUAUAGGGGAACCCGGAGGAGGCAAUAGCAACGAAAUAAGACGCCAAAAUUUGCGGCUAAAAUCCAGUCCAUAUUCCAGUCCGGCUCAUGCCAUGCUGCCCUUUGACCGCCUUAAAAAAGAAGAUGACGAAUUUGAUGCGGGGAUGGGCGGUAGUAGUUGUGCAGGUGAUAUCAAUGACGACGAUGCAAUUGACGACGACGACGACGAUAAUCAGCCAUGUGACUUGCGCCUUACCACUUCUGCGGUACAGAAGAUUAAAGAACUAGUGUCCAUUGCCCAACAGCAACAUGCCACUCAAUCAUCGCUUCUCUCAUCGGCAGCAGCUAUGGAAUCCUUGCAGUCUCCGUCAAUGGGUGCUUUGACAGCACAAAGUUCUACCUCUGCUGGAGGAGGUGGGUCAACCUAUGUGGCGGGAUUAGCUGGUGCCAUUGCAGCCGUUUCGUCGUCCUCAUCGAAUUUGCCGCCGAUUUCCGUAGCUGCGGCUGCGGCUGCCGCUGCUGCUGCAGCUCAUCUCUCGCCAGCUCUACUGGGGUAUUCCACCAUCAAGCGCAGUGGUUCCUUUAGCAGUGCCACAGCAUCCGGCAGUGCCACAGGAGCAGGCCUUGGUGCAGCAGGCAGUAGUAGUGUUACUGGAACGGCAGCUGGUAUCAGCGGUCCUUCAAACAGUGGUGUAGGUGGGGGAUCGGGUAUAAGCCCUUUUAGCGGUGGUAGUAGUAGUGCAUUGACCCCAGGCACCUCGAGCUCUGCCUUAGGCACUAAUGUGGGUUCAGCAAGUGCCGGUGGGCCUGGUAAUACGGGUGGUGGUGGUGUAGGUGUAGGUGGUGGUGUUGUUGUUGGAACCGGAAAUAACAGCGGUGGUUGGGGAGGUGCUUAUACAUGUGAUCGCUGUGGCAACUCUUACGCCCGUCCGCACAGCCUCAACAGGCAUGUCCGUUUCGAGUGCGGCGUCGAGCCCAAAUUCGAGUGCCCCAUUUGUCACAAGAAAUCCAAACAUAAACAUAAUCUAGUUCUACACAUGCGAACACAUCAAAAUCGAUGAUACAAUCGAUGCACAUCGAUAACAAUAAUUACUUUACAAUGUUGUUUAUCGAAACUAUUUUUUUGUUGAUAAAAAAAUUAUAUUUUUCCGAUGAUCUUAAAUGUUUUUGCUUUUUUCUUUUUUUCAAAAUAACAACACACUAUACUACAAUUAUUUUAAUGCUUUUUAUUUUAUAUAAAAUUUUUAAAAAUAUAUUUUUUUUUGUAUUUAAUCUAAAAUCCAUUUUAAAAAAUAUAUUUAAAAGAAAAUAUAUACUAUUUACAAGCACAUAAAAAUAAUUAUAAUUAUUAUUUUUUCUUUAACUUAGUUUUAAGUUUUAUAAAUCUAAUUUGUGCAAUAAAUUAAAAACAAAAAUCUAAACAUUAAUAAUAAUAAUAUAAACAAAAACAAUUAACAAUAUACACAACGUAAAUAAACUUGAGAAAAUGAUCUAAGCAAAAACAUCUAGUUUUAAAGUUUUUAACUAUAAUUUUAAAAAAGAUAGUAGAUAUAUUUAAAUAUUUAAAUAAUAUGUGAUUGAUUUUUAAAAUAUUUUGUUUUUUUUUUGUCUUGUUUUAUAAAUGCACAAAAUAAUAUUGCUUUGCAUUAAUUAAUUCUGAUAGCACUGGGGUUUCGAUUUAAAAGAAAUAUUUAAAAAAAAAUGAUAAUAACAAUAAAUGUGAUAAACAAAAGGGAUAAAAGAAAAACUAUAAAUAAUUAAAAGAGGAGGAUAUAAAAGAAAAGAAAAUACAUAUACAUUGUUUUUUUUUAAAUGACUGAAUGUUAGAUAAAUUGAAGAAAAAGAAUAGGAAAGGAAAGACGAGACGAGAUAUGAUGAGAAAUAGAAAAGCUUUAUUUAUAUAAAAAAAAACACAUUUAUAUUUAUAAUAAUAGAAGAUAUGUAUAGAAAAAUAUUAACGGGUAUAUGUAUUUUCACAGAUGUUAACUGACAAAAGCGCAAAAGUGAAAAAUGUAAAAUAAAUAAGCUAGUCAAUAAGUUUAUUGCAAAGGAGACAUGUUGUGUGUCUUCAAUGAAAUGAAGAUAAUGGAUGUGGAAUCAAAAAUCAAAGAAAAUAAUUUAUAUAUUUAAAAAAAAAACUAAACUAAAAAAAAUUACUAUACUGUUUGGUUGGUACAAACAUUUUCGUAUCGGCAGAAUGUAUUUGAAGAGCAAUUUUGCCUUCAUCAAAUGAAGUAUCACAACAUUUUAAACAAUUUAACUAUUUGAUCAAAGUAAAAGCUAACUAAUUUAUCUAAGGGUAUGUGCUCAUGUGUCAAAUAUUUGUUCGUAAUUUAAUUUCAUACUUCAAAUUAUGAUUUUAGAAAUCUAUGUAACUGACACUUAGAGCUCUUGCUAUCCGGUUUAGCAAUACUUGGAGCGGUUUUUUGAGUACUCGAAGCUUAUAAAUAGUAUCCGAGUAGUCGGGUACACGUGUAUUUGGCAGGUGUCGAGUUUCAGCUACGAGUGUAUUCAAAACCUCGUUGGGUGCCCCAUGAGAUGUACCAUAAUCCUGUAUUAAAUAUGUGGGAAUAUAUAUUUAAUUGAACCCAAAUUGUAAAAAUAUUUAAUUUCUCCCGUUUCAUACAGAUAAAUGGUUCACUUAAAUCAUAUUUAUUAAGACGCAGGUACUCAACUCGAUAAUACCGAUGUUUCAAUCUAUGUACAUAUGUAUGUAUCUGCAACCGGUAAUAGGUUAUUUUGAGUAAUUUCCCUAACGAAAUAGAAAGCUCUAUUGACAAUGGGUCGGAAAAUAUACUUGACCUUAAGAGUCAUGUCAAAAACACAUUUCCACAAAUAUUGAAUUCCCCACAAAACAAUAUAGACUUUUUACAUAUGCCUAUAUUUUUUACUUAUUUAAAACUACUUUUGUAUCAAAAUUAGUUCUUAAGAGGUGAAGUGUUUUUAUUUUAAAAGUUUUGUACUAUAAAAGAGAUGUUCAUUUAUCAUUAAUAUUAAGACAAACAUUGAUUUCUUUGAAAUAUAAAUACAAUUUUUUUAAAAUAAAUACAACAACAAACCACUUCAAAACUAUUUUUGGCAAAAAGAGUCUUAAAGAAAAGUUAAAGUUUUUUUUUAAAAAAGUUAAAAGUUUUUCGUUUAAAUAAAAACAUUUCUAUCUACUAAACUGGGCAUACCAGUAGAAUAAACUAUUGGGUAAAAGUUUUACGUUAUUGACUAAGUUAUGUCGUCAAUAUUAAUAAUUUAUUAAAAAUUGAUCAAAUAGAAUCUGUUUAGAAUACGGUCUGCUCGAAAAAAAACAUAGCUGAAAACAUCAACGAUACCUUUUGCAUCGUUUUGUACUUAUGAAAAACAAAAUACAAAAUUAAAUUAUAUUUUUCUCAAUAUAACUACAUCUGUGAUCGGAUAAAAAUCUAUUUGCUUGAUUAAUCUUAUCCGUCCUUUUCUCAAAAUAAAUACAAAAUCGUUUUAUCCAUGUAACAAACCAAACAGUGUUUUUUUUCAGACAAAUCCAAUUGGAUAUAAUAUAUAAUUUUAAAAAAAUAUGAUACAUUAUUUAUUCCUCGUAAAUUUUUUUUUUGUUUUUAAUCAAAACUCAUAUUUAUUUUUCAAAAUUUAAUUCUUAAAAUUAUAAACUAAAGUUUAGUUAUUAUUCGUUAUAUUAUUUUUUUUAAACUAAUAAAAAAAAUCUAAAUAUAUAAAAAAAAACUUUUAUCAACUAAUAAAAAUGUUUUUUUUUUAAUAAAACUAAGUAUAGGAUUUAUUAUACUUGCGAUCUCUUAACAUAUUUUUUUAGCUAUUUUUAAGUUGUUUUUUCUUCAUUCCAUAAAAAAAGAAAACAAAUCAAAAGAAUGAAAGCACAAACUACGCACGAACACAAUUUAGUUGCUAAAUAAAAGUUUUGUUUGUUUAAAACUGUGUAAAAAUUAAAAUUUUCUUACACUUUCUAUUUUUUUCUUUUUUUUUAAUGAAUGCGAUUUAAUCAAAGUGAAACUGAAAUGUGAUAAACCAAAAUUUAUUUGAAUAACAAAAAAGAAAAAUCAUCAAAAUAUUAUUUGGCUUUAAAAAAUUCUUAGUAUUACAUGUUUUUUUUUUUUAAUAAUUAUAAUUGUUUGAAUAAUUUAUUUAAAAUUUGAUUUUUCUUAGAAUGUUAAUUGGCAUUAAUUAAAUUUGAAAACAAAAUUGUUUUGUAUAAAAAAAAUGAAUUAAUUUAAAAAUUAAAUUAUUAACCUAGUGCUAUCAAUGUUCUUUAUUAUUAUUAUUAUUUUUCUAUAAGAAAAUUAUAUUUUUAUGAUACAUAUGCUUUAAAUUCGUAAAACGAAGAAAAUGUAUUGUAUUUGAAAAAAGAAGUGGAAUUAUAUAAAAAAAAACGCAUUAAAACGUACGUAGUCAUCAUUUAAAAUAAUUGGAAUGUGAUAUAAAAACAUAGUCCCCUCAUAUAUACGAGUGUUAAAUAUUAUAUUUGCAUGUAUGUCUAAACAAAAGUUAAUAAAUAAAUAUGUAAAAAAUAUUUUUCACUAAUACCAUUAAUAAAAUAAGAAACUAUAUAUAUUUUUGUUUCUAAUAUUGAAAACCCCUAUUUUAUUAAUUUUUAAAUUUAUUAUUAAAAACAUGUUUAAUUUUUAUUUAAGUAAUUUUUAAACUUACAUUAAAAACAACUAUAGUUACUAAAAUAUUUAAAUGAACACUAAAAAAUAUACAACUAUUCAAUGUAUAGGUAUAAAGGAAAAAAUGCUUUUUCAUGUCGGUAUCAAUCAAAAUCAAAAAAUUCUAAAAAAAAAACUUGUACCUAAAAACUUUAUAUCGGCAUUCACAUAUAAAUGUGAUAAUCUUAACAAAGUGAAAAAUUUUAUUUAAAAUUUCAGUAUUCUUACGUCUUUUUUUUGUUUUGUUUGAUUUAAUUUUCUUAGAGAGAAAAAGAAACCUAGUCAUAUAUGAAAAAUAAAUAAGUUAUAUAAAAAGAGGAAAUGAUAAGAAAAUAUAAAAUGGAUUGGAUUUCGGUUAAAACAGAAUUAUUUAAAAAAUAAUUAAAUACAUUUUUUGGUCAUGAUAAAAAUAUAAAGAAAAAGCUGAUAAAUUUAUUAAUAUAACAAUUAAGAAAAACAAUGUGAAGAAGGUUAAAUGUAAAUUUUUAUUUUUAAUUUGUUUGUGUAUCUGUUCUUAAAAUUCAGGUUGUGGUCCUUAAUUUAUAAAACCAAUAUAACGAUUAAAGUGUCUUUGAAACGUUUAAAUGAGAAAUGAUGAAAUGAAUUUGUUAUUUAUAGCGGGUAUAAACAAAAAAUAGCUACAAAAUAUAAAAUUUACAGAAACAGGAAUAUUUUCCUAUUAAGAGUCGAUUAUAAUGCAUAGUUUUGAAAUUCAAUAUAAUAAGUUCUCAAAAUAGAAUUUAUUAUUUCAUAAAGUCAACAUUGUUCUCUAAUGGUUGGUUUCUGCUACUGUUAAGUUGGACUAAAAUAUUAUUUUUAUAAUUUAUCCCUCCAGACGAGGAUUUUGAUGAAUUGAUCUCAUUUUUCGACAUCAACACUCUCAAUCAUACAAUUAAUGUAUGUAAAUAAUUUUAGCUGUUUUCAACGUCUUGAAAUUCAUUUUAAGGAAAAUAACAUCCAAAUCCUUUUAUUGUUUAUUUCACUCAGACAAAAAGGAUAUUUUUUACUUGAACUUAAUCUUUUCAAUUCAACACAUAAUUUUGUAAGUCUUCUUCCUUAACUUAAAGGAUUAAUGUUUUUUCAAAGCCAACAUCAUUUAUAACAACAUCUCGUAGACGAUGUUUUUUUUUAAAUUCUAACUUAAAAAUCAUUUCUGUUUGAUAAAUCAAGUCUUAUAUCCGUUAGGGAGUUCUUUUUUCCCUAAAAUGAGUAAACUAAUUAAAGUUCUAUUUCAAAAUUUGUAUUAUACGACUCAAUUCAACAUAAAAAUAGAAGUGUUUCCACUUCUUUAUUGUUUAAAUAGAAGAAAAACUAAAACAAAGUUUAAAUGUAUUACUGUGAAUGCCUUUUUUAAUUUUCUUUUUUUAAAGAAACUACUGCACAACGACCUAACAAAUUUGCAUGCAUAAAAAAACACAAAGAAUCAAUCCACAAAGUUUUUUUUUUUUUUAAAUAUUUACAACAUAUAUUUAAACAACAAUAAACAAAUAUUUAAAAUGUCAAAUGCAUUUUAACAAUUUUUUUCUAAUUUCAUAAUAACAAUUUAUUUAUCUUUAAUUAUUUUACCAACUUACAUAGAAAACCGCAUCAAAUGUUAAAAAAAAAACAAUAAUCAAUUAAAGCAUAAAUAAAAUAUUAAUAAUAAAACAAAAUAUUUAAACUUUUUUUUGUAACCAAGGAGCUGUGAAUGAAAUAUUGAUGUGAUUAUUUGUGAUUGUUAAUAAAAUAAUAAAAAUAUAUUAUUAAACAAUAUCAAAUCAAGUGAAUACAAAAGAAAAAGAAAACUUUAUAGUUAUAUAAUUGAAACAAAAUAUUAAAAAACAAAAAUAAUUAAAUAAUUUCGUUGCAAUCAAAUUGAAUAUAAAAUUACAUAUUUUUUUUGUUUCUACUAAGAACUAAGAAUUUUGAUUUAUAUUCUACUAUUUUACUUUUUUUAUUUUCUGUUAAAACACACAAUUAAUAAAUCUAUAUAUAAAAUAUAUGUAAACACAUAGAGAUAAUAAAAGAGUCCGUUUUAUGUGUAAAUGAUAAAAAUUUAAAAUAGAAAACGUAUAUUUUAGAUAUUAAAACUAAAUUAAAAUACAAGAAAAAAAAACUACAUAUUUAAAAUAUAUUUAUGUAUCUAUGUAUGUACUAACAUCUCCGUUAUUUGUACAUUUUCAUAUUUCGCUUAACAAAAACUAAAUACAAAUAAAACCGAAUUCUUAAACAAAUUAAAAAAAAAAUAUUAAAUAAAACAGGGAAAUACAAAUUGUCAAAAUAAGAAAAUUUAAGUACAUUGUAUCCCAAUUUAAAAUAGCAACAAAUAAAAAAAAUACAUACAUACAUAUAAAGAAUAUUUUUAUCUCUAUGUACUUUUAAAAGUAAAAUAAACUAAAAUAAAAAAAUAAAAUAAAAUAUAUAUAAAAAUGUAAAUGUUUUUUGUACACUGACAACAUAUUAUUCAAUAACAAAAAUGAAAUAAAGAAUAAACAAAAUAUCUUUAAAUAUAGUUUGUGUAUGAAUAAAAUAUUUUUGUAAGAACAACAAUAUAAAGCGAAAAAUAUGUUAUAAAGAAAAAAUUAUUUGUAAAAGCCUUAAUAUUGUAAAACAAAUUGUUUUUUUUUUUGUAAGAAGAAAAUAAAAACAAAAGUCGAUAUAAUAUUGUUAUAGAGGAAAGCAAAAAUGUGUAUAUUAAAAAACAACAUUGAAACAAAAACAAGUGUA